AUGCCUCACAGUCAAGACAUUGGCCUGGAGCAACUCACAAAAUACUUUCACCUUCCUAUCAAUGCGGUCGCGAAGGAACUGGGGGUUUGUGCGACCGUGCUCAAGAAGAUAUGCAGAAAGAAUGGCAUCCCCAGGUGGCCUCACCGCAAGAUCAAAAGCUUGGACAAGAUGAUAGGGUCCUUGCAGGCGAUCUCACCAAAGAGUCCGGAAGAUGAAGAGCGGAUCAAGCAAGAGAUCGCCGCCCUUGUCAAUAAGAAGCGAUACCUCAUCACUAAUCCGAACUCGCUCGUCAAGAUCAAGAAGACGCACACCACGAGCACGAGCACCAAGGGGACAAAGAGGAAGAACGCCAAGCAGGAACUUCCCAGCGACGCGGCAAGCGAAGAGAGCGAGCUCUCGCCCGCUUUUCUUGAUGCCGACAUUCUCGACUGGGACGGCGUAUCCACCUGGCAAGCCCCUCCCUUCACAGACGCCGACCUGGCCAGCGUGCCCUACGACAGCCCGCUCGGACGGGCGCUUCUGAUGAGGCCGUACCCGCUCGAUCAGCUCCCCAGAAUCCUCUCCGCCGUCCAGCCUCCUCACACCUCCUCUUCCUCCUCUUCGUCUCGUCCGCACCCCCACCACAUGGCGAUGCCUGGUGGUGGCCCGGUCUCCUUCUCUCCCUUCUCUCCGCACACCAUGGGACCGAGAAUGUCGGCGUUCUCGGCCAAGCUGCCCGAUAUCGGCGUGGCAGAAUCUGCACCCGUCACCCUCGCCAGCGGGGGCGAGGAUGGCGCCGCCGGAAUGAGCCUGGCCGGCAAACUGGACGUGCUGGAGCCCAACGUGCUCCACCCGUCGGUCAACCCACUCCCCUUCACCACCCAAUACGGCAUCCACCCCAUCACGCAGACCCUCCACCAGCACGUCGCCGGCGGCAGCGAGUGGAGGGACACCCUGCCCCCGUGGUACUCGGACGAAUACUCCUCGCGCGCCAUCCUCGGCCUCCCGGCUGACUUUGGCACCACCGCCAUGGCCACCGCCGCCGCUGCUGCCGUCGUCCCGACGUCGGUGGUGCCCGCGGUGGACCACCUCGCCGUCGGCGACCUCCCCUCGUCGGAACAUCACCCAGACGACCCGGACGAGGCCAGCGGUGCCGCCAGCCAGGCCGAUGAUGCCACCACGGCCCAGAGCUUCCUCGUGGCCGGCAGCGAGGGCAGCGGCACCGACAUUGCCGACACAUCGAUCUUCGAUCAUCUCCUGUAG